UAAAUAUGUAAAAAACCCAUCUAGUCCCCAUUCCAUUUCGAGGCGAAGCGAAAGGGGAAGGCGGGGGCGGGAGGCAAUCGGAGGGCGACGGGAUGCCGGUAACGCGGAGGCGUGCCGCCGCCGCGGCCACGGCUGCGCGGGUGGUGGUGCAGGACCGCGAUGCGGCGAUCGAAAUCUCAUCGGACUCCGAGGUGGGGUCAGAGUCGAGGUCGGAGUCGGAGGAGGAUUCAGAAUCGGGGGAAGAGGUGGACACGAGCGACGAGGACUUCGUCGACAUCAGCGACAGCGAGGCGGGUGACGGGGAAGGCAGUGGCGAGGAGGAAUCAGGGGCGGAGGUGGAGGCUGAGCAAUUGGGUUCGGAUCGGAGCGAGGCCGCCUGCAACAAAAUCGCCGGUCUACUCCGCAGUGGGAGGAGUCUAGAGGGGAUUAAGUUGGUGGAGUGCAAGGCGUAUUUAAAGAAGAAUGGUCUUAGCCAAACUGGGGACAUAGCUGCUUGUGUAGACAGAAUAGUGCUUCAUUGGAGGUUUAAGGAUGGUGAUCCAGAGAGAAUUUAUCCACGGUCAUCCUUCUCUAUAAACUGUAAAGGAGAUGUCUGUAGGGGUGAUGCUGUCCUAUUCAAACAAAAGGUGUAUGAGAAGAGUGGAAAAAGAUAUGCAAAAUGUAUAGGGAAGCGUAUAGUAGCUGGCAAAGUCACCAAGGAAAGUUAUGGUAGAGAAAAGCAGCAACAUACUUUUACGAUUCAAGUAUUUUGGAGCAACGGAGCCGGAAAAUUACCACCUUUGCAUUUGUUGCUUGUCAAAGGGCGCAACCUAUACAGAAUGAUGACUUUUCGUCAGCCUUGGGCCAAUGAAGCAGAAAGGCUGAAGGUUCUAGAAGAGAAGCACAGCAGAGGAGAUGAUGCAAGGCGUGUUCGUGCUUUCAGUAGACCAAAGUCUGCGGCAAACACUCUUAAGGGCAAGAAAAAAUUGGAAAAAGUAAAGAACAAGUCUCGAUCUGGAAGGCCUGACUGUCGAUCUAAUAUCACUGAUGUGGAUAAAAGCAAAAAACGUCCGGCCCAACCCUCCAAGUUUGAUCUGCCUAAUAAAAGGUCAAAGAAAGAAGAGUCCCACGUGCCUUAUGGAAAAAAAUGCAGUGGUGGUAGGAAGGCAAAGAAAAAUCGUAGUCACCUGAAUAAGAGUGUCGGUCAUAGCAGCUCUGUAUGCAUUGAUAACAUGGAUAAGAAUCAUGCUACCUUACAGAAAAAUAGUCACAUUGUGCGCCUCAACAAGGGUCCAUCUAGCACUGGCGGAUACGCUCAAUUUGAAGGAAGAUGCAUGACUCCAGUUGCUCAUGUCGACGAAAGUCAUGGGAAUUUUGCUGUUGUACAGCAUCCUUCCAUUGAGAGGCCCUAUCUGCUUCCUCCAUUGCGCGAAGUUGCUAACAUCUUUUUUCCUCACCCUGGUGGCAGCCAUCCAGAUGCUCUAUUCAACACAACAGUGGGUUUCCGACAUCAAAAUGGAGCAAUUGCUGGACCACAUGCACCUGCAUAUGUUAGGGGGAUUCGACCCAAUCAACAGAGGGUUGCAUUUUCUUCACCCAACAUCUCACAAACUGUGUACAGUUCUGUUCCAGAAGCAGCAAAUGUUGUUCCACACUUCAGAUAUCCUAAUGGGAGUACUGGAUUUCGUCGAUGAGAUGUUUGGUUGCUGCCAGCUGUAUUUUUAUAGUUGCAUCUGUGGUAAACACUUGUGGUCAUGCUUUAUUUUCAUUAAUGCCAUUUCUUUGCAUUUG